AGCCUCCAGUUUCUUCAGAAAAACGGCAAAAACCAUCGCCUCCCCGCCUCCUGUUUCGCCCACGAAAACUCUAUAUAAACUCCACUCUUCUUGCACUUCUCAAUCCAAUUCCAUCUCGAUCAUCUCCUCAGCUACUACUGCUUCAUCGAAUCGUCGAAGCAUCAACAGCUAUAGAUCAAGUUCGAGAGGUUGAUUCAGAGAGGCAUUGCAAAUUAGCAAUGGCGAGCGCGGCGGCGGCGGUGGCGGCGAAGGCGUGGUGGACGGCGGCGAUGAGCGUGGGCGCGGUGGAGGGGCUCAAGGACCAGUCGGGCCUCUGCCGCUGGAACUACGCGCUCCGGUCGCUGCACGGCGCCGCCAUGGACACCCUGAUGCUGCAGGUGCAUGGCGGCGCCGGCGCCUCCUCGCCGGCGGCGGCGAUGGCGGCGGAGAGGCCGGAGGAGGAGGGGAUGAGGAGGGUGAUGUACCUCAGCUGCUGCUGGGGCCCUAGCUAAGAUUGUCAUUUAGAUUGAUACUAUCCUGCUUCUUUUGCUGCUUGAUUUCGUAGGUAGUUUUGAACUUUUGAUUACUUGGGAAUCUGAAGCUGGCUUUGCAAGCAUCAAGAUGCUGAUUAAGUGAUUCGUGUCUGUAAAUGUUCCACGAUGAUGAUGAUGAUGAUGAUAAAUUGAGUCGCAAAUUGAAAGGAAACAAAAAAAAAUAUUCCUCUCA